AUGAUGCUACUCUGGGGGUCACUGCUAUGCUGGAGGCUGCUGUCCCAAGCCAAAGGUGGUACCCAGAACCUGUUUUUCCUGAGGAUCAGCAAGGACCAGCUGGAGACAGACAUUUCAGACCUGUUCUCGGAGCACUGCAUCCUGUACCAUGUGGUCAGGAUGCCAGUGAUGGGGGUCAAGAGUGAAGGUGUCGCUGUCCUGGACCACCCACCUUUUGUAAGAAAAAGUCUCUCCAAGAAGAGCAGUGGGUUAGGCCUAUUGCUGGUCGGGGACCUGCUCUCGGGGAAGAGCCUCCCACUGCUGGCGGAGCUGCUAUGGGUAGGCAGGUUGGUCAUAGAAGAUGCCAGAGGACCCGAGGUCACCCUGCAAAUCCUAAGUGACAGCCUACUGCAGGUCACAUAGUGCUGCAAACUGUACCUCUCACUCCAGGAGCUCCUGUGGCUCAAAGUCAUCAAGAACAUUCACACUGGUGUACAGCUGGAACAGACAGAGAAUAAGACCAAAGUGGCCUUCGAAGAGUGCCACACCCCACCUGGAUACCUGAGCAUCAAGGUUCUGGAGCAGAUGGACUCCCUCCUAAUGAACAAAGCUCUGAAGUUUGUGACAAGCAUCCUGGACAAGACACUGCCCUUCCUCCUGCAGAAGACAGUGUGCCCACUGGCCAUGACCCUGCUCAAUUUGCUGCUGGAAGACCUACUGCACAUCAUCCUGUCCCCAACCAUCUCAGGCCCCAGCAACUUCCAGUACUAUGUCACCACCACAGAGUUCACAGAGGAGGCCAUCCUGAUGAAAGUCCAACUUGUGACCCCUUGCUGCCCAGACCAGAGAGCCGCAAAGCCUGACCUUCUGGCCCAGCCCAUUCCAAGAUUAGCCCAGGGCAGCAAGGCAGACCUGGCCUUUGGGUUGGAAGUCUACAAUGACGUUCUGUCCUGCCUCUACACCAGCAGGGAGAUCUGUGUGGCCCCCCAGGACUCCAUGGCGGGUGACCUCAUUUACCUGCUGUCCCUGAGAGAGCAGGAGCCUGGGCCCAAGGCUUCUAAUCAGUCCAGAGGGAGCGUGGGACUGACCAUCAGCACCCCUGAUACUCCCACUCUCCACCUUGAGGGCUACACAGCCAUGGUCAUCCAGCCAGGCUCUCUGGUGCUGCUGAGGCCCAGCAAUACCUCCUGUGACUCAGUUUCCUGGAAACUCCUUUCGAGGGCUGUGUUUUCCUCCAGAAAUCAGGAGCUAAAACUUCAGUUCACUCCUAGCAGCACAGCGGUCACCCUGGGCCCUUACCCCGCUCCCCUUGGGAAGCAAAAGGAACAUCUGGAGGCCAUUCUCUUAGAGCUUCUGCAGAGGAUGUUUCUGCCCAUUCACAACAAGCGGCUCAGAGAACAACGCCUCCCACUGCCCAACAUCAAGGGCAUUUCCUUUGACCAGGCCCGAAUAGACCUCUCCAAGAUUCAGCCCAGGUGA